AUGUCUCCGCCAGCGCCUACGGGUAACUCCGACUCAAUGUGGCACCAGCUGUCCGUUCUUGUCCACGACAACUUGGAAGCGGGCAAUGACCUGCCGUCGUACUCAAAUUUUAUGUACAUCUACGAAGCCACGACGUUAUUCGACCACGAGCCCGGUGUCGAGGAGUCGGUGCUCGAUUCGCGCCUCGUUGGUGGCCACGACGCCGGCCCUGUAAUGUCUCAUUAA